AUGGAUACCUCUUCCCAAGCAUAUGAAGCUGCAAAGAACAGCACCAACAGCACGGCGUGUCAGGUACAGAAGGCACAUUUGGCCAUUCCACUACUCCUAGGGAUUCUAUCUGUGGGCUGCCUGGUCUUCAACAGCAUCAGCCUGUGGAUCUUCUGGUUCAAACUCAAGUGCUGGAAUUCCAGCAUCAUGCUGCAGUUCAACCUUGCCUUGGUGGAUGCUACUAUCCUUCCCAUCACCCCUCUGAUGGUGACCUAUUUCAUUUUUGACAAUCACUGGCCCUUUGGGGAAUUCCUCUGCCAGUUCCAAGGCUUCAUCUUUGGCAUCCACCUCUAUGGCAGCAUCUAUUUCUUGAUGCUCAUCAGCGUCCACCGGUACCAAGCCAUAGUCCAUUACAGUGCCAAGUCCCUCUGGAGGAAAAAGACCUUCUGGAAGAAACUCAUCGGGGUCUUCUGGGUCUUUCUCUUCCUACAAGGGUUGCCGUUCUUCUUCAUCAUCAAGACAUUGGACUCAAAUGGCUCUAAAAGGUGCCUUACCACCUACCAGUCAGAGCUGUCCAACACAUUCCUGAUCUACAGCACCAUCCAGAUGCUCCUUUGUUUUCUCCUACCCUUUUGCAUCUCCAUGGCUUCCUAUGUGAUGCUGGGGGCCUACAUUGCCAAAAUCAGCAAAGCCACUCUCCAGGGUCGAGUGAUCAAAACCAAAUCCAUACAAAUGAUCACUGUUGCUCUGGUUAUCUUUGCCAUUUGCUUCAUGCCCUACCAUGUCUGCAGCACGGUGAUUACCAUUCUGAGACUUUAUGAGAUGUCAUGUGAACUGCUACACCACAUAGAAACCAGCUAUUACAUUUCUUUUGUCUUCACCAUGGUCAACUGCUGCCUUGAUCCUUUCAUCUACAAUUUUGCCAAUGAGAGUUUUAACAGGUCCUUUUCCAAAACCCUAAGAAGAUUCUUCUCUUCAAAAUGACAA